ACUACAUUCAUUUAUCUGUAGACGGAAGGGGAUGAGAUGAGUGUUGGUCAACGUGUUUCGAGGCAAUUGGGCCUCCGAAGAGUGUUCGACGAUGGCGUCUGCUCAUCGUGUCGUCGGUCCCUAACCCAACAACGCAGUGCAUCCACCGCGACCGCAACCACCGAAUCCCACCCCCCAAUCCUCACCACCAUGCCACCCGUCACCCAAACCUCCCUCCCCACCGGCUACCAACUCCGCGCCUCCGUCGUCCUCUCCCGACCCCCCCAGAUCACCCGCGACCUCCACCCCUUCGAGAAGUCCUUCUUCCUCUACCAACGCCGCCUCAACGAGCGUCUCGUCCUCCCCUUCUCCCGUUACUUCUACUACCGUAAAGGCACUCCCGCCGACCUCGACUGGAAGCGCAAAGUCGCCGCGCGGCUCUCCGCCUCUCGCGACGUCGGGGCGUAUUCCGGGUACGGGGCGAACGCGUGGGCGGACGAGGCGCUGGUCGGCGCACCCGAGAGCGAGCCCGAACAUACGGUGCAGAAGCUGAUCGAGGACGCGGAGGUCAGCGCGGUCAAGCCGGAGGAGUUGGGGCAUACGGCGCUGUAUCGGGAGCCGGUGGAACGGCCGCAGCCGCGGGAGACGCGGGCGGAUCGGGAAGGGGACGAGAGGAGUUUGGAUCGGGAGUUGAAGCGGACGUUGUAUUUGGUGAUGAGGGAGGCGUCGGGGAAAUGGGCGUUCCCCGAGGAUUCGUUGGUUGGGACAGAGUCGUUGAGACAGGCUGCGUUACGCAUACUUCCUUUGGCGGGUGGGCCGAAUAUGAAUACGUGGGUGGUGGGCAAUGCUCCGCUUGGAAAGGCGCAGACGGACUAUUCCGCCGAACAAUAUGUGCAGAACACGGCUCGUGCAGUAGAAGAGGUGGGCAAGAAGGUGUUCUUCAUGAAGGCUCGCAUCAUGGCCGGUGAAGUGGAUAUGGCGCAGAACAAGUUCGGUCAUCAGGAGUACAAAUGGCUGACGAAGGACGAGUUGCAGAAGGUGGUCCAUCAGCGGUACUGGAGCAACAUCAAGAACUUCCUGCCGGAGUGGUGAUGUUUUGCUCAGUGUUAGCCUUAUGUAUAUUACUGUAUCACCGAAUCUAUAUACAGCACCAUUUCUGUACAUUGAAAGUUUGAGGGUUUUCCAAACUACAUGCAGAUCCAUCCUGUGCCGGGGUGGACUUAAUUAAUAUUAAUACAUGUACUCCG